AUGCCGCAUUCUUCAGCCGAUGUCCCCUCCCCCCUCCCAGUGCCCUGGGGGGCCCCCCAGGGCUGCGGGGGCCCCCCCUCUUCGCCAGGGUUGGGUACUUCUUCAUGUGGGGCCCCCGACUCUCCUGAGGGCCCUCGGGGGGCCCCCCAACCCUCCCUUGUGGGGGCCCCCCCCCAGACGGGGGCCCCCCGGGGGCUUCCACCGGAAUCCCACCCGGAGGGCCCCAACGGGGGCCCCCAGGAGGGCCCCCAGGGGGCCCCCCGAGAGGGCCCCAACGGGGGCCCCCAGGAGGGCCCCCAGGGGGCCCCCCGGGAGGGCCCCCAGGGGGCCCCCCGGGAGGGCCCCAACGGGCCCCCCCAGGGGAACUGCUCCCAGGGCUCCCCCCUAGGGGGCCCCCAGGGGGGCCCCCCAGGGGGCCCCCAGGGGGGCCCCCCAGGGGGCCCCCCAGGGGGGGCCCCUGGGGGCCCCCAGGGGGCCUCGAAGACAGCGCUAGGGUACGCGUCGCGGCUUUCGAAAAACCCCUACAAGGGCCCCGUGGGGGGCCCCGAGGGGCGGGAGAAUGCUGCGUCGUUUGCUGCUAAGACGAAGCGGCUGCUGCUGCUGCUGCAGCAGGUGGCGCAGCAGCUGGAGCAGCAGCAGCAGCAGCAGCAGCAGCAGCAGCAGCAGCAGCAGCAAGAGGGCCAGGGAGUGGUGGUCCACACCGGGGCCGGCCUCAGCACCAGCGCGGGCAUUCCGGACUUCCGGGGCCCCUCGGGUGUAUGGACACUCGAGCAGCGCGGCCACACCCUCGCGGACGCAGAGGCCAAAAUAGUGCAGGUUUCUUUUGGCAAACAAAAGAGACCCGUAGUACCCUUUCACUUGGCCCUUCCCACUCCUUCGCAUUUGAUUUUGGGGGCCCUUUGCUGCCAGCAGCAGCUGCUGCCUUCCCCGCCCCCGGCCUGCAAGCCCGAGCAGCAGCAGCAGCAGCAGCAGCAGCAGCAGCAGCAGCAGCAGGCGCAGCUUCCUGCUGCCUCCAGCAACUCCAGGGCCCCUCCGGAUGCUUCGGGGGGCCCCGGGGGCCCCCAGGGGCCCCCGCGUGGUCAGGGGGGCCCCCAGGGCACUCUCGACAAGACCCGCAUUAAGCAGCAAAGGGCCUCUGUGGAGGCCCUGGGGGGCCCCGGGGGGCCCCCUAGUAACAGCAGUACCCUUGGGGGCCCCCCUAGUGAUGUCAGUGCCCGUGGGGGCCCCCCUAGUGAUAGCAGUACCCUUGAGGGCCCCCCUCAGGGGCCCUCGGGGCCCCCUGAGGAGCCUUCGGGCGCCUCAAGCGACUCCGCCGUAGGGGCCCCCCUGGGGGCCCCCCCGGGGGCCCCUCUGGGGGCCCCCGAAGUCCCCCCGGGGGGCCCCCCCGGGCCUUUCCCCCGCGAGUUCUGUGCAGGGGGGCCCCCGGAGGGGCCCCCAGAAGAAAGGCCUCUACUAGGGGGGCCCCCCGGAGGGUCCGCCGGAGAGCCCCCGGAGGGGCCCCUCUGGGGGCCCCCGGGGGGGCCCCCGGGGGGCCCCUUUGGCUUUCCGCCGCGGGGGGUGUGCACGGACGUGCUGCUGGACUGGUUUGACUCUUACGAGGGACACUUUUUGUCUCAGUCGAAUUUUUAUUCUCGAGAGUCUCCUUUGCAUCUUUGUUUGGGGACAAGUUUGCAAAUAGAGCCCGCGUGUCACUUUCCAGCAGCAGCAGCAGCAGCAGCAAAAGCAGCAGCAAAAAGCAAAGCAGCAGCAGCACUGGCCAUUGUCAAUCUGCAGCAAACCCCCCUCGACCCUUUUGCUGCUGUUUGCAUGCAUGCGCCCGUCGACGCCGUGCUGCAGCAGCUCGCAGCAGGCCUGGGGCUGCGCCCCGGCUGGGGCUGGCACAGCAGCAGCAGCAGCAGCAGCAGCAGCAGCAGCAGCAGCAGCGGCGGCGGCAGAGGGAGGUGGGGAUCGAUGGGAUCGUGCGAUCCCAGGGGCUUCGAAGACGAUCCCACGCCCUUUCAUUACGGAGAGUUUAUUCGCACUGCGCUGCUCUUCGUGCUGCGGCUGCCCGUGCAUGCGCUGCCCCCGCUGCUGCAGCAGCAGCAGCAGCAGCAGCAGCAGCAGCAAACCCGCAACUCGCCGCAGACGCGACACAGGCACCAGCACUCCCCGCAGAUGACGCAGCAGCAGCACCAGCAGCAGCAGACGCCACAGCAGCAGCAAACUCCACAGCAGCAGCAAACGCCACAGCAGCAGGAGACACCGCAGCAGCAGCAGCAGCAGCAGCAGCAGACUCGUGUCAAGUCCACAGAGGAGCUUUGGAGCGAGGCUUUGGCUUGGCUGCCUCGUGAAGAACCAGCAGCAGCAGCAGCAGCAGCAGCAGCAGCAGCAGCAGACGCAGCAGCAGCAGCAGCAGCAAACGAAACCCGAAACAACAGCUGUGGGGGCCCACCCCCACAGACGUUUAUCGUUGCUGCUGGGUGCAGCAGCUCUUUGCAGCACGAGAACAGCAGUAGCAGCA